UAUCCUUGCCUGCUUCACAGCGGUGUAUGUAGCUAUCUACUCAGAACUAGACGGAUCAAAUUGUUGCUAGCAUAUUUACCAUUUUCAAAACAUUAUUAGCAUAUUACUUAGACACGAAGUUUAAAUCUUCUGCGGAAGUCAACCGAUCUCUGUUUAGUUUUCGCAAACGUUUGAAAAUGUUGAGCAGUGUUUCUCUCCGGGCUCAGAUCGCUUCCAUCAUAGAGGUACUUUCUAAAGCUGCGGUUUCAGAAAUUAGCAAAGUAGUCGACGAUGGCAUAGUUGUGUUACGUGUGGAAAUGUGUCGACGGGAAAAUGAAAUCAACGUCCUGAAAAAUAAUGUACAACAACUUGACAGCGAGCUUCGAAGAGCUCGAGGGAUUCAACCUCGAAAACGCAUCCAUCAUGGUCGAUCAGUCGCUGCUGAGAAUCUUGGGAGAAAAGGGCCUGGUAAAAAUGGUACCACUUGUGUGAGGAGGACCUCCGUUGAGAAACUGCAGCCUGGGGGAGACGGCAAUGGAAAGGAUGAAGGCGUUGGACCUGCGGAUGAGACUCUGGUCAAGAUUGAGCCGGGAGGGGAGGGUGAACAGGAAGAGCAGACUACAAGGAGAAAAGACGAGGAUCGUCUUGAUGCUGAACUGUCAACGUACGAGAGAGACAGCCAGCCGUGGAUGCCCGGUACACAAGAAGACAAUGAUAUGGAGACAAACUCACUGUGUCUCCCUGAUCACUCUCCUGAACCUUCCGGAAUGACGGCAGCUUCAUGCAGCAGUGUUUCAUUACCAGGGAAACCAUAUUUGGAGUCAGAUGUCAGAGAGGAUAUGAUUUUACAACUCAGACAGCAACAACGUUAUAGGCAGUCAGAAGCGCUCAGGAGAGCAAGCGACGGCACGGUAAAGGCAAACCCAGACCCUCAAAGUGAAUUCGGUUUUGGCCCGAAUUACAAUACGGCAAGGAGGGCGAGGACCAAGAGAUUUUUCCAGGUUAAUAAACACUUCAUUUGCACACUGUGUGGAAAGAGUUUUGAACGUUACAGCCAUCUUGAAAGACAUCUACGAAUUCAUACGGGUGAGAAACCGUAUAGUUGUGACCUAUGUGGAAGGUGUUUCAACCAGAAGGGUAGCCUCAAAGGACAUCUGAAGACUCACAGAGUAUCGAUAGACGGGCUAGCUAACAACGAAGAGAAGCCUCUCCUGGAUAGACGUCAGUCUGAGGAAGAGCGUUGCAACGGAAAGUACGAAGUGUUCCAAACUGCUCCUCAGAUGCCCAUGAAGUCUGAGCCAGGGGAGGACAAGGAUGCAUUCCAGACACUAGAUCAUAAAGCAGGAGAACAGACUGCAGGAAGAGCAGAACAGCAACUGGAUGAUGACUUGUCAACGUACGAGAGAGACGGUCGGCCGUGGAUGUCCAGUUCACAAGCAGACAACGAUAUGGAGACGAGCAAUUCAGAAUAUUUCAUCAGUUCAGGUCAGAACUCCCAGUGUCUCACUGAUCACUCUCCUGUACUUCCUGUCCCAGGAAGGGUGGAGGCGUCAUGUAGCAGUGCUUCAUCUCCAGGGAAACCAUAUGUAGAUGUCAGCGAGGAUAUGAUUUUACAGCUCAGACAGCAACAUUAUGGACCUUCAGACACACUCUUGAUAGCAAGUGACGGUACAGUACAACCAAACUCGCAGGUCACGGACGGGGCUUCUCUGAACCAUCCUCCCAUCUUCUCCAGUUUUCCGGAAAGGAAGGUGAAAACCUUCCAAGGAGUCACCAAGGACAAGAAGUGCUUCAUCUGCUCAUUCUGUGGGAAGGUUUUUGAGCGUGUUGGUCAUCUGGAAAGGCACCAGCGAAUUCAUACGGGUGAGAAACCGUAUAGUUGUGACAUAUGUGGAAGAUGUUUCAACCAGAAGGGUAGCCUCAAAGGACAUCUGAAGACUCACAGAGACGGCGCUGACAUGCUAACGGGUCUACCUCCGCUAGAUGAUAAAAAGCCUGACGUUUAUCCUAUACCCUCGGAGAACCCAGGGGAACCGAGGGAUUUAUUUGAUCAGCCCUCAUCUGCUGAAGCACAGCCUAGCUCCGGGCACAGUGAGGAGGAGGAGGGCAGGGGGCGGGGGUUGGUGGGGGGAGCAGAGAAAGAGAAGCAGUUUGAAUCCCAGAUACUCAGUCAGUCAGGACCUCAACACCAACAAAGCACAGAGCGACCAGGUUACCAGGACGACCCAGAGUAUGUCAUGGAUGAGAGGGAGAGUCAGCUGUGUAGAUCUUUCACAGAGAGGCACAGUGAUAUGGAGUCUGGAUCACUAAAUCCAGGUUGCUCCUCCGAUGCGACAAAGCAGCAGAACUCCCAUCCUGUUUCACCCAGUGUCAAAUACCAUCACAGUCCUUUUGAUGGACUGCACCACCACCACGGGUUCUAUAUGUCAGCUUCUAGAGAGGUGGAACUUGAAGGCUUGUCUUUUCAGGAUGAGAAAGACAAGCUGGAUGUGAUUGAGCAAGAGCAGUAUGCAGGGGUGGUUCUACAUGCAAGGAACAGGGAGGAUGGUGAUGGAACAGUACUACCCAGGUUUCAGGACCGGGUACCACCGUCACCACUACCUGUAGAGGAGGAAACUGCAAUGAGAGCGUACAUCACAGAACCAAACUACAGUCAAGAGGGGAUUUUAUUUGCCCUUGGCAUAGACAGUUUUGACAGUACAGAGGGAACCAGUGCCACUACAGACGACACAAGAAAUAGAUGUUUCAUAUGCUCCUUUUGUGGAAAGAGUUUUGAUCGCCAUAGUCAUUUUGAAAGACACCUGCACACUCAUACUGAUGAGAAGCCCUACAGCUGUGAGAUAUGUGGUAAGACUUUCACUCAGAAGAGCAGCCUGAAAGCUCAUCAGAGACUUCAUACAGGUUAAUCAAGGGCCAAAGCGUAUUUGUUUGCAUUUCAAAUGGCACCCUAUUCCCUAUACAGUUGCAAGAAACGGUAUGUGAACCCUUUGGAAUUACCUGGAUUAGGGUCAUAAAAUGUUAUCUGAUCUUCAUCUAAGUCACAACAAUAGACACACAGUCUGCUUACACUAAUAAUACACAAAUUAUUGUAUUUUUCUUUUUUAUAUUGAAUACAUCAUUUAAACAUUCACAGUGUGGGUUGGAAAAAUUAUGUGAACCCCGAGGCUAAUGUCUUCUCCAAAAGCUAAUUGGAGUCAGGAGUCAGCUAACCUGGAGUCCAAUCAACGAGACAAGAUUGGAGAUGUUGGUUAGAGCUGCUCUGCUAUUCACUAGAAGCUGUGAACCAUGCCUCGAACAAACGACAUCUCAGAAGACCGAAGAUUAAGAAUUGUUGACUUGCAUAAAGCUGGAAAGGGGUACAAAAGUAUCUCUAAAAGCCUUGAUGUUCAUCAGUCCACGGUAAGACAAAUUAUCUAUAAAUGGAGAAAGUUCAGCACUGUUGCUACUAGAGGUCGACCGAUUAAUCGGAAUGGCCGAUUUAAUUAGGGCAGAUUUCAAGUUUUUAUAACAAUCGGUAAUCGGCAUUUUGGACACCGAUAAUUGCCGAUUACAUUGCACUCCACGAGGAGACUGCGUGACGGCUGACUACGGUUACGCCAGUGCAGCAAGGAGCCAAGGUAAGGUGAUAGCUAGCAUUAAACGUAUCUUGUAAAAAAACAAUCAAUCUUAACAUAAUUACUAGUUAACUACACAUGGUUGAUGAUAUUACUAGUUUAUCUAGCUUGUCCUGCGUUCCAUAUAAUUGAUGCAGUGCCUGUUAAUUUAACAUUGAAUCACAGCCCACUGUUCCAAAUGUGUGAUUUAACAAGUGCAUUCGCGAAAAAAGCACUGUCGUUGCACUAAUGUGUACCUAACCAUAAACAUCCAUGCCUUUCUUAAAACCAAUACACAGAACUAUAUAUUUUUUUAUCUGCAUAUUUAGUUAAAAGACAAUGGCAAAUUGUGUCACUUCUCUUGCGUUUUAUUGCACUCAGAGUCAAGGUAUAUGCAACAGUUUGGGCCGCCUGGCUCAUUGCGAAGUAAUUUGCCAGAAUUGUACUUAAUUAUGACAUAACAUUGAAGGUUGUGCAAUGUAACAGCAAUAUUUACACUUAUGGAUGCCACACAUUUAGAUAAAAUACGGAACGGUUCCGUAUUUCCCUGAAAGAAUAAACGUUUGUUUUUCGAAAUUAUAGUUUCCGCAUUUUACCAUAUUAAUGACCUAGGGCUCGUAUUUCUGUGUGUUAUUAUAUUAUAAUUAAGUCUAUGAUUUGAUAUUUGAUAGAGCAGUCUGACUGAGCGGUGGUAGACAGCAGCAAGCUCUUAAGCAUUCAUUCAAACAGCACUUUCCUGCGUUUGCCAACAGCUCUUCGCAAUGCUUCAAGCAUUGAGCUGUUUAUGACUUCAAGCCGAUCAACUCCCGAGAUUAGGCUGGCAAUACUAAAGUGCCUAUUAGAACAUCCAAUAGUCAAAGGUUUAUGAAAUACAAAUGGUAUAGAGGGAAAUAGUCCUAUAAUUCUUAUAAUAACUACAACCGAAAACCUCUUACCUGGGAAUAUUGAAGACUCAUGUUAAAAGGAACCACCAGCUUUCAUAUGUUCUCAUGUUCUGAGCAAGGAACUUAAACGUUAGCUGUUUUACAUGGCACAUAUUGCACUUUUACUUUCUUCUCCAAAACUUUGUUUUUGCAUUAUUUAAACUAAAUUGAACAUGUUUCAUUAUUUAUUUGAGACUAAAUUGAUUUUAUUGAUCUAUUAAAAUAAGUGUUUGUUCAUUCAGUAUUGUUGUAAUUGUCAUUGUUUUAUAUAUAAAAAUAGUCAGAUUAAUCGGUAUCAGCUUUUUUGGUCCUCCAAUAAUCGGUAUCGGCAUUGAAAAAUCAUAAUCGGUCGACCUCAAGUUGCUACUCUCCCUAAGAGAGUGGCUGUCCCUGCAAAGAUGACUGCAAGAGCACAGCGCAUAAUGCUCAAUGAGGUUAAGAAGAAUCCUAGAGUGUCAGCUGAAGACUCUGGAACAUGAUACCAUCUGAGUCUACGAUAUGUAAAACGCUAAACAAGAAUGGUGUUCAUGGAAGGACACCACGGAAGAAGCCACUGCUGUCCAAAAAAAAACAUUGCUGCACGUUUGAAGUUUGCAAAAGAGAACCUGGAUGUUCCACAGCGAUACUGGCAACAUAUUCUGUGGACAGAUGAAACUGCAGUUGAGUUGUUCGGAAGGAAUAUAACACUGUGUGGAGAAAAAAAGGCACAGCACACCAACAUCAAAACCUCAUCCCAACUGUAAAGUCUGGUGGAGGGAGCACCAUGGUUUGGGGCUGCUUUGCUGCCUCAGGGCCUGGACAGCUUAAACUUGCAAAAUCAUUUUUCUGUUGAUCAAUACAUUUUGCAGGAGAAUGUUAGGCUAUCUGUCUGCCAAUUGAAGCUCAACAGAAGUUGGGUGAUGCAACAGGACAAUGACCCAAAACACAGAAGUAAAUCAACAACAGAAUGGCUUCAACAGAAGAAAAUACACCUUCUGGAGUAGCUCAGUCAGAAUCCUGACCUCAACCCAAUUUGAGAUGCUGUGGCAUGACCUCGAGUGUGGUUCACACCAGACAUCCCAAGAAUAUUGCUGAACUGAAACAGUUUUGUAAAGAGGAAUGGUCCAAAAUUACUCCUGACCAUUGUGCAGGUCUGAUCCGCAACUACAGAAUUUUUUUUGUUGCCAAAGGAGGGUCAACCUGUUAUUAAAUCCAAGGGUUCACAUACUUUUUCCACCUUGCGCUUUGAAUGUUUACACAGCAUGUUCAAUAAAGACAUGAAAAUGACAUGUUUGUGUGUUAGUUGAAGCUGACUGUGUUUGUCUCUUGUUGUGACUUAGAUGAAGAUCAGAUAACAUUUUAUGACCAAUUUAUGCAGAAAUCCAGGUAGUUCCAAAGGGUUCACAUACUUUUUCUUGCCACUGUAGAGACCAUGGGUCAAAGUAGUGUACUAUGUAAGAAAUUGAUUCUAAUUUGGGAUGCACCCUAACUGAAAGUUGUUUCGUCCUCAUCAAAACCGGUUAAUGAGUAUGGGACAUUUGGCUGCUAUUGGUAACAGUUUAGAAGUCCAACUAAAUUGUGAUAAGAUGUCAUAUUUGUUUCCAAUACAUUUUGUGUGUUUAAAAAAAAAUCCUUUAUUUAACUAGUCAAGUCAGUUAAGAACAAAGUCUUAUUUACAAUGACAGCAUACCCCGGCCAAACCUGGACGACGCUGGGUCAAUUGUGCGCCGCCCUAUGGGACUCCCAAUCACGGCCAAAUGUGAUGCAGCCUGGAUUCGAACCAGGGACUGUAGUGACACCUCUUGCACUGAGAUGCAAGGCCUUAGACCGCUGCACCACUCGGGAGCCCAAAGGAUGUUAAAGAUAUUCAAAUGCUGGGGCUAUGGAAAAAUGAACAUUUUUAGUAGUUUAUAAAGUUGUCAUCAGGUAUCUCUCCAAUAAUGUAUAUAGAAGGGAGGGGGAAAAAAAUGUGUUUUUAAGGAAAAACAAUUGAAUUAUUCAACGUUUUUCUUUUCUUCCUGCAUCAAACGUAUGGAUCAAUGAUCCAAUUUAACAUGUGGGUUACAUAUCUAUUUGUUUUGUAUGAAGACGUUGAUGGUAGGGUUGUUUAUUACUCAAUGGGUAUGUUUACAUGCACAGUAAUAAUUCAAUAUUAAACUGAUUAUGUCAGUAAACAUAUUAUGCAAUAGUCAUGUAAGGCGUUUAUCUUAAUCGGCGUAAGGUCAAAAUUAAAACACCUGGUUUUCUAAGUAAUCUUUCUAAUUAUUAGAAUGCCUUAAAAGGAUCGGACCCUUUUUAAUUUUCAUUUUUUUUUGCCUAAAAUGACAUACCCAAAUCUAACUCCCUUUAUUUAGCUCAGUACCUGAAGCAAGGAUAUGCAAGUUCCUCAUACCAAGUUUGUGAAAUGUGAAAUUAAUGAAGGAGAAUAUAACACAUUCGAUCUGGUAAAAGAUAAUUUAAAAAAAAAUCUAUUUUUAUUUUUUGUUCCAUCUUUGAAAUGCAAGAGAGAGGCCAUUAUAUCACUUAGCAGUGUAGGAGAAAUGUAGAUUUUGGCCACUAGAUGGGAGCAGUGUAUGUGCAGAGUUUUAUACUGAUCCAAUGAACCAUUGCAUUACUGUUCACAAUGUUGUAUCAAGUCUGCCCAACUGUGCCGAAUUGGUCAAUUGAUACAUUUUCAAGUACAUAACUAUAGACAACAUACAAAAAUUAUAUGGUAAUACGAAAUUUAAGUUUACACACUCCCAGGAAUGUCAAAUGAAGGAUAAUUAGCUUCCCUACAGAAACACUAACCUUCACACAUCUAGAUGGUGGGGAACCCAGUUCCUACAUUUUAAUAUAAACAUGGAUUUUAUCAAACAGAACUAUACUACAUUUGAUCUCUGGGACCCUCAGGGUGACAUAUCAGAGCAAUAUUACUGAAUGUAUCAAACCAGUUGCCGUGAUUAAUAGUUUUGUUGUUGUGCACUCUCCUCAAACAAUAGCAUGAAAUUUUUCACUGUAAUAGCUACUGUAAAUUGGACAGUGCAGUUAGAUUAACAAGAAUAUAAGCUUUCAGACCAUAUAAGACAUGUCUAUAUCCUGGGAAAUGUUCUUGUUACUUAUGUCAUGCUAAUCAUAUUAGCGCACGUUAGCUCAACCGGACAUGCAUCAGUCAUUUCAAAGCUCACUACAUUGAAUUACACAAUUUCCAAGCCCAUUUCAUAGAGAAUGUUACAAAACUGUACUUUAUUUAGGAACAUACUUUGAAGAGAUGAGGAUUGGGUCUAAAUAGGGUUUUGGUGUUUGGUACUCUUAAUUCAUUGUACUCGUCUUUAAACUGCCAUUUCCUGAAAGUCAGACUCUUACCACAUGCCAACUCCUUUUCAGCAGCAUCAGCAUUCACCACUUUGUUUGGUUAUCCUUAGAUAUAUAUUAUCCAGACUUGCCCAGAGGGAAUUGUUGAUAUGCUGUAAAUUUUUUAUUCUAAGUAACAUUUUAUUUGUAAAAAUGUAAAUGUCUUUAUUUUACUGAUAGAUGAAAAAAAAUUGUUUGAUCCACAAUCUGCUCUGGACAAGUCUGGUGCUGGACUGUCUUAAAAUUAAAUUAAAAUAUUUAGGCUGACUUCAUUCAGUGUCCAGAAAAAUUCAUUUAUGUUGUAUGCGCAUAUUUAAUUAUGUAUUGCCUCAUUUGCAUAUUAGUUUUUAAAAAACAUUUUGCUACAUUCAACUAGUAAAAGUUGUUUUAAGUGUAAAAAAUAAAUCUCUGUUAGGGUGUGGUUCCUGGACUUAAUCAGCAUUCUACCUGUGUAUUUGAUCUGCACAUGUGCUUGCGCCACCCGAGCGAGCCUCACUCUUUAGUGAAGUGAGUUCGGAACAACGGGUCUUAGAAGUAGUUUUCACAAACUUUUAAAUGUCCGAACUCUAAUCAAAUAUGCCUCACAAAAAUAACAUGGUCACUGUGGUAGAAUGUUUAUUUUAAUUGGCAAUUUUCUGCAUUUAUCAGUGCCAUCGGGUAGCCUGAUUUUGUAAUGUAAAUCAUGUAAACAAGAUUAUUAGGGAAAUGGCUCUUCUUGCAAAGCAUGUAAACGUUUUAAUCAAAUUAUAUUCAUCAGACGAUUCACAAUCGCAUUAUUGUGUGCAUGUGACCGUACUCGUUGAGUAGUUCAAAUGAUAGAUUUGAUUUUUUGACUCAUAUGUUCAAAAACGCACUCUUAAAUUUGCUUUGUUUCGUAUCUGCUGGUGUAUUCUUUAAUAAAUGUAAAAUUCUGAAUGGAAA